GUAUAUUUAUUUUACAAAAUAUUUUUACUUCAUUUCAGCUUGCAAAGUUUGAGAUCUUCCCUGUCCUUUAACGUCGAAGUCGCCACUGUAAUUCAAGUCCGCCACUAGUUCGUAUUGGAUUUCAGAUUCGGGAAAAGGGUUUUGAGAUGGCAGCAAUUUAUAGUCUUUACAUCAUCAAUAAGUCUGGUGGAUUGAUCUACUAUAAGGAUUAUGGAUCAGCUGGACGAAUGGAUACCAAUGAUACCUUACGAGUGGCUAGCUUAUGGCAUUCAAUGCAUGCCAUCUCUCAGCAGUUAUCACCCGUGUCAGGUUGUUCAGGAAUUGAACUACUCCAAGCUGACACAUUUGAUCUUCAUUGCUUCCAAUCACUAACAGGGACAAAGUUUUUUGCAGUAUGUGAGCCUGGCACUCAACAAAUAGAAAGUUUAUUGAAAUUUGUAUACGAAUUGUAUACGGACUAUGUUUUGAAGAACCCCUUCUAUGAGAUAGAGAUGCCUAUUCGAUGCGAGCUGUUUGAUAUCAUCCUAACUCAUUCAGUACAAAAGGACCGUGUUGCGCUGCUGGGUCAAUAAAUUGUUGGCCAAGGCCAAUUUUCUUUAUGACUGUCUUGUAAGAGUUGCUACUCUGUUUUAUUGUAUCUGCUCUAUGUAUUUGCUUACGGAUAAACUUUUUAAGAUUCAAAUAUAUGAGAUGAGAUUCAUCAAUUUCUAACAUGUUUUUCCCAUACAAAUGAGGUAUGUGUCUAUAUGAAGAUCAUUGCCUACUUGGCCAUAUUUUCUUAA